AUGGAUCGCGGUGGUCCUUUCAAGGUCUUCGUCGGCGGUUUGCCCCAGGACUGCACCAAUGACAUCCUCACGGACUACUUCAGCAAGUUCGGUAACAUCACUGACGUGGUGGUGAUGACGGAUCGGAUGACCGGCCGCUCCCGGGGCUUUGGCUUCGUCUCCUUCGGCACCGAGGAGGCAGUGGAUCAGAUCAUGGCCAUGCACCAGGAUCACCAGAUCCAGGAGAAAUGGGUGGACUGCAAGCGGGCCUCAUGA